ACCUGCCGAGUCGCUAGUCGACAACGGAAAAUUCGAUCCCCUGCGCCACUCGGGAAAAUCCGCGCAACGCCUCCGGAAAUGGAAUCUUUCGGCGUCCUUCUCAACGUCCUCUGUUGCUUCGCGAUCUUGGCGGGACCGAUGAUGGUGCUCUCGGCUCCGUCGACGACCGAAAUCCCGAGGGCCGACGCGGCUCGUCCAAGCGUGGAGUCGUCCAAGUCGAAGGACACAGAGAAGGACCCAGACUGCCCUUGGAUCCACGUGGCUCGCGCAGAAGACGCAGUCCAAGCUGAUAAAGAACUCUCGAGGAAUUCAUCUCGCUCCGAGGAGGAGUCGGCUCAAGACGCGCGACGCUCGAAGCACACCGGAGAUCGUCGCGGAGAUGGCUUCCGAUUAAGCUAUCAGCGAGGACCCGCUGUAGAUUUACCGUCGCACGAUACCACCUUACCGGAUUCUGGUGCGAUAUCGGCCCGCCAGGCGAAAAGGAGCACCGGGGAUUACAGGGAUUACCCCGCGUCGUCGUCGGUCACCUCUGGCGACGAUGUCGCACGCAGAAGCAUCGAUUCGUCACGGCAACGAGGCUCAGGUUUUAAGGACGAUCUCGGGAUAGCGGAAUAUAGAUUUCCGCCUCAGAAUCCUUACUGGUACCAACGGCAAUACUCGAAUCAGAGAUAUCGACCGAACGACAGGAGGGAUCCUUAUCGGAACUACCUGAGAUAUCCUGUAUUCCCGGGCAGAUAAAUAUCCGAGAGAGAGAUUCAGCUCUCCUCUCUUUUGUUGCUGAGUAAAAUGUAUAUCUGCAUCGUUUGGGAAAGAACGGACGGAGAGAAAAAGAAAUCAAUAGAACGAUCAAUAGCACAAAUAAUCAGUAGAAUAGAGAAAUGUUUUCGGUUGAGGGUGUAGUAUUUCGCGCUCGAGGGCGACUAUAAUAUAUAGAUAAUCCUUGUUAAAUAAAUUAUAUAAAUAAUCCUCUCGCGAUGUGAAUGUGAACAAUUCCUUUGCGUGUAAAUUCGGACUGUGAUUAAAGGAUGUCGGAUUGAUUAUUUGGACUGUGAUUGAAAGAUAUUACUUGAUGGCAGAGAGAGAUAGAUAGAUAGAUAGAUAGAUAGAGAGAGAGAGAGAGAGAGAGAGAGAGAGAGAAUUGUUUAAUUAUUUCUAAAGAGUGGUUUUGUUACUGAAGAAACGUGUUUUGAUUAUUUGAACACAUACAAUGUCAACAUUCCUAAAUAUAUCCUUGUAAAUGAAUAAUAAGACGACCAAUGCAUGUAAU